UUGGCGAGCACGUCUACGCAAUCUAGCAAAGGCGAACGAACCAUAUUCGACGAGUUGCAACGUUGGACAGUGAGAUAUUUUAAUUUAUGCUGUUUGUAUCAUCAGUUAUCGAGUAUGGAAAUUCGAUCGAUCGUGCAUCUGUUGGAGAACGUUUGUUCGCCGAGCGUGGACUCCUUUCAACUUUUAACAUUACAGCUUCGCAAAGGCGUAGAACAAGCUGCGUCCAAUAUAACUUAUCUCAACAUUCUAUCGGAAGCUUGUAACAACCUGAAAUGUCCAAGCGAGAUUGAAGAAAAACCUAUGAUGAAAAUACUAUUUUUGAUAUUGUUUAUCUGGACGGAAUCCCCGUUUUACAACAUGUCGAACAACAUAGAGGUACUUUGUGCAGCCAUAAGCGCUCAAAUAGUACAUCAAUGUAAGACGUAUAUCAAUUUGCAAGUGAUACUAGAAGGCGAUACGGAAAAUGGGAUAAAUAUACUUCGGAAAUGCAUCUCUUGUUGCCAAACAUAUAAAACGGCAUAUAAUAAAUUGCAGGUCACGAAGAUAACUGCGCUCAUUCAAUCGAAUAGCAUCUGGGAUGUGAAUGAAAAAUUAAUCUUUAAUUAUAUCGAUACGUUUGUGCAAAGAUGUUGCGAUAUCAUUGAAAUAUGUAAUUCUUCAAUAGUAUUUGGAAGGUGCAACAAAGUGGGAAUGAUCGGCGGUCCAAAAGGUAUCGAGUACGAUGCCUCGUGUCGCCAAAUAGAGAGCCUAUUUUAUGAGAGUCUCGAUGAAAUCAAAUUGAUCCGCGACGACAUUUUGGACGUUACAAAAUCUAGGUGGCUGGAAAACAUGCUGAAAUUCAGAAACUUUGUAAUGGAAUUGGAGAGCAUGGUGAAAAAUUUGAUCGAUCGCAUAUUUGAAGAGAUCAAGAACGUUGAGGAAGGCAUCGAGGCUAUUUAUGCUUUACAACGCUUUAAACAUAGAGAAUCUUUGCGAAAUAUAUUAUCGAGGAAAUGGGUGCAGGUAUGGCAAAUAUUUGGUAAAGAAAUUGAAAGUUGUAGCAAUAUUAUGAUUUUACACGAAACGUAUUAUACACCGUUUCAAUGCUACUCGGAAGAUGUACGUAUGCUAUGCAUAAAGCAAUAUUUAGAACGCGUGUCCCAUAUGAUGAUUGAUAUGUCCGAUUGGAUGGGAGCGUGUGCAGCUGAGAAGUAUAUAUUGGAGCAGUACAAGCGAAUGACAUGUCGAUGGAAGUGGCAAAUAAACGAGUGUCAUUGAUAAUAAAACAUAGUAUAAUUUAAAAAAAAGUUAUAUAACAUGUAGUACUUGAAUAUUGCAUUUUAGACGAAAUAUAAAGAUGAAAACUAAACUCGGUAUAUCGACUAUUGAAUAUAAUCUCAAAUAGCAAUAAGAAAAUGCGCGGUCUAUAAAUUGAAAUUAAAGACGUAGAAUUAUAUAUAUAAAAAGAACUUUUAUAUUUUCUAAUGGUUAUCUGUAUCUUAUGUAUUAAAAGUCAAUAAAGUUUAUUUAUGUCA